AUGCUUUCACCACCGAACUCAAAUUGGUCCCUGGAAGUCGUCGCCCUCGAGCGUUCAAGACGGAUGGAAAUCCCGUCGCCCUGCAGACAAAGGCGGGCAAAGCUGAAGACUUUCUUCUCCACGUCCCGUUCGAUCCCGAGUCGCUCCCAAUAUUCAGGGCCAUAUCUUGAUGAACUGAAGGGAACAGGUCCUACCCCUUGUCGCAUCACACUUGUAGAGCGUUCCAAUGCCCAACUCGAAAUGUACAUGGACUCGGACGGCGCCCUGUGCUUUAAAAUACUGGACCAGCGCCUCGUCAAGUACGGCAUUACGCGCAUCCCCCAAAGUCUGCAGCCCAAUUUACCACCCGACAAGUUGAAGGAGAUCCUCCGCGCUGCGGCACACUACACCUUCCACCUGAACCACAACCAAGAAAACAACCAUAUCCAAGAUAGAAUCACAAUCAAGUUCAUGUGA